AUGGACUCACAUAGCCGGCCAGACGCUCCCGUGCCAGACGUCGCUCCCGACGUGCAGUCCAUCAGGCCGCGGCUUCAGCUGCCGGCGAGUUGCGAUCCGCCUUCGGUCAGCUCUGCUACGCGGCAACUCGUAUGGAUCGUCUUUGGUGGCACCGGCCACAUGGGCCGCUCUCUUGUCAAGUGUGCCCUCUCGCGAGGCGACCUCGUCACCUCAGUUGGCCGUGUGUUUGAAACGAGCCCCGACGACAUGUCGAACAUCCACCAGAACUGCCUCGGCACCCUCUGUGACGUGCGAUCCCGUGAGUCUGUUGGUCAGGCUGUCCAGAUCACACUCGACCGCUUUCGUCGGAUCGACGUUGUCGCCAAUUGCUCUGGGUACGGCGUCAUCGGCGCUUGCGAGGACCAGGAUGAGCACGACUUGCGCAAUCAGUUCGAGACCAACUUCAUGGGGACCCUUCACGUCAUCCACGCCACCCUUCCUUACUUCCGGAGACAGAACUCUGGACGCUACCUCAUCUUCAGCUCCACUUCGGGUGCGCUUGGUGUUCCUGGCCUGGGUCCUUAUUGUGCCACCAAAUAUGCCGUCGAGGGAUUGAUCGAGGCAAUGCUCUACGAAACGGACUCGUUCAACAUUAAGGCUACGUUGAUCGAACCAGGUCUCGUCAGGCGCGACGAGCCGGACACAGCCGACAACCCACUGCCGACCUGGGGCCAUUUUCUCAUCAAGCUCCCCAGCUCGGGCUAUUCCCACUCGACAUCGCCGGCUCUUCACGCAAAGAGAAUGGUGCAGUGGCUCGGCGAUCGCCAACCCACCAGCGCUGUCAAGUGCGCCGAGCUCGUCUGGCAGCUCGCGCACUGCUCAUACCCGCCUCUGCGCCUUCUGCUCGGAAGCUACGCCAUUGAGAGCAUUCGUGAUCGCAUGCGAUCGGUGACGGAGGAACUGGAAGACUGGAAACACCUGAACUUCCCAUUUACGCCAGACGGCGACAAGGAUCACAGCCACCGGGAUGACAACAGAAUGGACACUCCCGCCUGA